AUGAUUUAUGAGUUCAAGAACAUCCAUGCAAAGAUUGAUGGGAACUAUUCUGACCUCAACAACAAGUACAUGCAACUUGCCUCUCAUCUCAAGGCUUUGGAGAGUCAAAUUGCUUCUAUGCCUUCAUCCUCCAAGCAGCCAAUGGGGCCUCUACCAGGGAAACCAGAAAAGAACCCCAAGGAGUCUUGCAAUGUUGUCUUCUCCACUACUUCUCCAGAGAUUGAGCUGAGUGAUCAUGAGAAAGAGAAAGAUGAGAUUGAAAGACUGGUAUUUGGAACUGAGUUUGGGGAAGUUGAGAGAUUUGUUGUGGCCACAGCUGAAGCACAAAUUGUGACGGACGCUACCAGGAAGGUUGAAGCAACAAAUCUGCAAAGAGCUGAGCAUAAGGCUGAGAAACAAGUUGAGAAGAGAGCUGACAACAAGUUGAAAGAGGUUAAGCUAGAGGAAGCCACUGAGGUUGAGCUAUCACCCUAUGAUAAGCUCCCUUUCCCCCAAAGAGUUCUCACCAAAACUCAGAAGAAGGUGCUAUCCAAGUUCAGGAAAAAUCUUAGUGAUGUUGGGGUCAUGCUUCCAGAAAUCUCGGGUAUGCGUGAAGCUCAUGUCCAGAUGAUACUCAUCAAGGACAUUCUAGACCACCAAGAUGAAGUGGCCGAGCUUUUGGACAUCCCCAUUCUGAAAAUUGAUCCACCAAUUCCUCCAAAGUCCCUCCCUAAGCUUGAGUUCCAAGGGAUGUUCACCUUGCCUUGCUACCUUGGGUUUGAGAGCAUGGAGCCAAACAUAUCUUCCCUACAGUUUGGAGAUUCCUCUUCUACAACUCCUAUUGGUCUCAUCAAGGACUUCCCUUUGAAGAUUGGAGCAUGCACCAGUCCUAUAGACCUCACUGUUCUAAAGAUGGCAACUGAGAAGAGAGUCCCAUUGAUCAUUGGCACUCCAUUCCUCACAAUAGUGUGA